CAUGCUCGUUCCUCAAUUAACAAGUGUAAAGCUCACAAACCUAGCAAGCAGCAAAAGUUCCAAGAAUACACAAGCACAUCAGUCCUCAAGACAAACUUGAACAACAUCUGCAAGUCUGAUAAAUUUGUCAAGAAGUUACAAGAAGCGGUGUCACAUGUCUCUCAAGUAGUAUAUGCUGGUGCUAUGUUUGCAAACUACUUUUUGUUGCAUCAAUUGAAGAAUGGUCAACAGUCUUCCACCAUGUCUCAUUCUUUGUAUUAC